GCUUAAAAACAGCAGCAAGCUCUCGCUAUGGUAAAAACCGACAAAAUCAUCCAGUAUUAGUCCAAACCCUAAUUUCUCGCCCCCUGUAAAAUCUUUGUUCUCGUUCUCAUUUCAAGGCGUCUGAUCAUUGCAUCCCCCACAAUCUUCGCCCUAUGAUCGUAGGACUUCGUCGCACAAGCUCGAAAAAAACUGAAUAGAGAGAAUCAAGGGAAAUUUUGGCUCCUGCUUCCAAUAAUUCAAAGCCGCGCCAGUGACUACCAUUUCACAUGCAAUCUACAAAACAACCUUCUCCUUCAAGAAGCGUAGACCGGGGAUUUUCAAUUCUUAAGAUUCGAUUCGGUGCAUGCAUUCGCUGUUAGAUCCUUCAUCGCAAUUCCCUCUGGCCAUUGGAUCAAGGCUCUCUGUUCACUGAUGUCAGUCUCUGAUAAAUCAACGGUGUUAUCAUCAUUCUCGUCGGUUCCUGGCGGAGAGACUGAUCCACUGCUGAAGGAUUUGAAUGAGAAAAAGCAGAGUUUCAGGCGAAACGUUGUGUCUUUGGCGGCGGAGUUGAAGGAGGUGAGAAGCCGCCUGGCGUCUAAGGAGCAGUCCUUUGCCAAAGAAACCCUUACGAGACAGGAGGCGGAGACAAGGGCCAAAAACAUGGAGGAGGAGAUUUCUGUAUUGCAGAAUAUAUUAAAUGAGAGGAACGGACAGCUUCAAACUUCAGCAUCUACUGCCGAGAAGUACCUCAAGGAGUUGGACAGUCUUAGAGCACAGCUUGCAGUGACUCAAGCAACUGCAGAUGCAAGUGCUGCAUCUGCACAAUCGGUGCAACUUCAGUGUUUAGCACUGGUAAAGGAAUUAAACGAGAAGAAUAGCUCACUAAAAGAGCAUGAGGAUCGUGUAACUAGGCUAGGGGAGCAAUUAGACAAUUUACAGAAGGAUCUGCAAGCGCGGGAAUCAUCCCAGAAGCAACUGAAAGAUGAAGUUUUGAGAAUUGAACAUGAUAUAAUGCAAGCAGUUGCAAAGGCUGGAGUAAAAAAAGAUUGUGAGCUAAGGAAGUUGUUGGAUGAAGUUUCUCCAAAGAAUUUUGAGAGAAUGAGUAAAAUUCUUAGUGCCAAGGAUGAAGAAAUAUCAAAACUGAAAGAUGAAAUUAAGAUUAUGUCAGCUCAUUGGAAACUGAAAACAAAGGAGUUGGAAUCUCAGGUACAAAAUCUUAGAAGCCACCUUCACAUAUCUCUUGUUUUUAACAAUAUAAGUUAUGCUUGCAGCAUUUUCUCUUCUUCUGAUGUAUGGUUCUCUUUGAUUUUUGUGGAAGUACAGCUUGAAAAACAGCGGCGGACUGAUCAGGAACUAAAAAAGAGGGUGUUGAAGUUGGAAUUUUGUCUCCAGGAAGCUCGUUCUCAGACAAGAAAGCUGCAACGGAUGGGAGAAAGAAGGGACAAAGCACUAAAGGAGCUAAGAGAUCAGUUUGCAGCAAAACAACAGGGUGAAGCUGCAGGUGCUGAGAAACAGAAUUUCUGGGAAAGCCCAGGUUUCAAGAUUGUGGUUUCCAUGUCAAUGUUGAUCUUGGUGGUGUUUUCAAAGCGGUGAAUCCAUUCUGUUCUAUUACAUACUAGUAAUAUUGUGUAUAAACAGUAGCAGAAGUUUAGGGAAGGUAGAGGAAAUUUCCUUGUUUGUAGAAGACAGGCAAUAUAGCAACAGUAGUUUUGAGAGAAUGUUAAAUGUGCCAUAAUUUUAUUCAAAACA